CCGCCCUCGGAGCAGACGGCCUCCGAGAUCAUCGACAUCGACUACUACGAUCUCUUCGACGGGGACAGCCGCGGCGGGGUCGAGGGCCUGGAUGACUUCGCGGCCGGGGGCCCCGGUGCGGCCAAGAAGCCGGGCGACAAGGCCUCGUCCUGGUCCCUCCACGAGCUCUACGACGACUUCACGCCCUUCGACGAGUCCGACUUCUACCCCACCACCUCCUUCUACACCGACGGCGAUGAGGAGGGCGAGGAUGACGAGCUGGACGAGCCGGAGGAGGACGAGGAGGAAGACGAGGAGGAGGACGGGGGCGCCGGGCUGGCCAGGGACUUGGAGGACGAGAAUGGCCGUGUGGCGCCCACCCCGGCCGUGCCCAAGACCCUGGCGGCCGAACCCACCAGCCGUCGCUUCGUCGUGCCCCCGCUGCAGACCUUCGUCGUGGCCGGGCCUGGUGCCACCGCCCGGCCGCACCCCAGCAAGGACCUGAGCCCGGCAUCCGUGGCAGGAGAGAACGGCACCGAGUGCCGCAGCGGCUACGUGCGGCACAACAACUCCUGCAAGUCCGUAUGCGACAUCUUCCCCAGCUACUGCCACAACGGGGGCCAGUGCUACCUGGUGGAGAGCCUGGGAGCCUUCUGCAGGUGCAACACCCAGGACUACAUCUGGCACAAGGGCAUGCGCUGCGAGUCCAUCAUCACCGACUUCCAGGUGAUGUGCGUGGCCGUGGGCUCGGCCGCCCUCGUCGUGCUGCUGCUCUUCAUGAUGACCGUCUUCUUCGCCAAGAAGCUCUAUCUGCUCAAGACCGAGAACAACAAGCUGCGCAAGACCAAGUACCGGACGCCGUCGGAGCUGCACAACGACAACUUCUCGCUGUCCACCAUUGCCGAGGGCUCCCACCCAAAUGACGACCCGGCGGCUCCCCACAAGCUGCAGGAGUCGCUGAAACCCUGCACGAAGGAAGAGGAGUCCUUCAACAUCCAGAACUCCACGUCGCCCAAGCACGACAGCGGCAAGGGGGAGCCGGACGAGGCCGAGGUGAACUGUCUGCAGAACAACUUGACAUGAAGGCAACGGAGAGGGAGGAGAGCUCACACGCAUCCCGUGUCCUCACGUACCCAUCUUGUGUCUCAUAACCGUGCGUCCCGUCCCCCCCCAGCCCCCCGGGUCCAUGGCAUGCUUUGGUGUAUGUUGUACAGAGGAAACCAACCACGUAACAAUGAUCGUACGCAAACGAAGAAGAAUCCAGACGCUCGUCCGGCGCGUCGUGUCCGUUGGGUCUGUGCUCUGUCUGUGUCUCGCUCGGGUUAGCUCCACCGCUGUGAUUUCUAAAUCUUUGCUGUGACGCGACUGACUUUUUUUGUACUUUUA